GUGGUGGCCUCCGCGAGCUCCUCCCCCUCGACGUCCUGCACUCGUCCUGGCUGCGCCACCCUCCCCGACAGUUUCUGUGCAACUCACGGGGGCGCGUGUGAGGUGCACCCACCCUCGUUCAGCCCCAGCUCUAUCGAACCCACAGUAAACAGUAACCGCCCCCUAGGCACCGUCCGUCGCCAUGUUCCACUCGCGCGUCUCCGUCCCCGUACCCUCCACGCCCACCGUCGAAGACAUCUUUUCCUCUGCGCUCUCGACCCUGUUCACCGACGACACACAAAUCUGCCACGGGGUCCCCAGACAAUCUGUUUACUACGACUCGCCGCGCUUCGGCAGGAUUAGUCUGCGCAUCCCUGCGCACCCAGACUUCGAAGAGGGCCGGAGGCUGUUUGCACAUUAUCUGUGGAACUCGGGCGUUAUCGUCGCGGAUGCUAUUGAGUCGGCGUCUGUGCCAGAGAGUAACAAUAAUGUCCGUGACUCCGCAUGCGCGGAAGUCUCGAUCUCGCGCGACGACAACCAAGACCAGAGCGACGAUGAGUGGAACAAUCGAUACUGGGACGUGCGAGGCAGACGCACACUCGAGUUGGGUGCUGGAACGGCAUUACCAAGUCUGAUAUCUGCGCUCUCGGGCGCAAAGAGUGUCACGAUAACGGACCACCCUUCCAGUCCGGCGCUGACCAUGGGCGCGAUUGAGCAGAAUGUUCGCGACAAUCUUCGCAGGCCCAAGGCGGAGGCGACGACGGCCGAGCAGAACGUUGGUGACAACGCCGACGUCAAUAAAUCCCGGCCUGGUCCUCCUCCGGGGCCUGUUUUUCACGAGCAGGACACUGAUGCGGAACCGAACGGCGUAGAGGGCUCGGGGCUAAAAUCAAAUGCUGACUCUCCGUUCAAAAUCAACGCCGACAUAUCAGUGUAUAGCUACACAUGGGGAACAUCGACAUUCUACCUUCCCAGUUCUUACGGCAAACUUGCGCCCAGUCAACCCGAAGCAUUCGACCGGAUCAUCAUAGCUGAUUGUCUAUGGAUGCCCUCGCAGCACGUCAACCUGUGCAAGACUAUCCUGCGCUAUCUCGACCCGUUAGACCCCGACUCCUGUGCCCUUGUCGUUGCCGCCUUCCACACAGGGCGGAGCAUUGUGCGGAACUUCUUCGAAGUGGCAACGGGCGAGUACAAAGUCGAAAACCUGGAGGGUCGGGACGAGGACGAGGACGAAGAUGUAGAUGAAGAAAUUCGAGCCGUCAAGGGUAAAUUGAGAGCCGCCGAGAUCUUCGAGAUCGAUACGAACGCUGUGCGAAGACCUUGGGAGCCAGUGCGGCCGAAGGAGGACAAGCACAUGGCGAAGAGGUGGUGUGUUUGUGCCGUGCUUGUCAGACGAUAGGCCUUUACCCCGAUCUUGGCACCUUGUCAGCAAAGCAAGACGCACAAGGCCGAAAGAAGUUUGGAAGAUGAUGGACGAGUCUCGGAGACCGUGCGAAGCAGGUACAGAACCAUCCUGCCGAGGCCUUCAAGUCCGGCCGAUCUGUGUCAAACGGCCAGAGAACGGCAAGGAGUGGUAGAUCUGUGGUUGCUUAGCCAGGAUGAGGAGAGAUCCCGGAAAGGGGGAGAAGACGUGGUUUCUCGAGCUGAACAAAUCCAAAUCUAUUCAAAGAGGUCAAGGAGGUCAAGGAGGAGGUAAAACGGCCACACGUCCAUCCCGUGUAAAAUGUGGAUACGAUUCAUCAAGGCAGUCGCGGCUCGAAGUGUACAUGUCCCACACAGCCAAGUAUGCCUGAUAAAGGUGUCUGAGGAGCCGUAAGAGUAGGCGAGAUGGUAGACCUGGGGACUGAAGACUUGUGACGCUGAGGAGUACAUUUUAAUGUGUUUAUCAACGUGGUCCUUAUUGCUUCAUAGCUUCUCGUAAGAUACUGAUUAGGAUUCUGCUUUGUUGAUCGUGAG